GCCGCCCCCCCCCUCCUCCCCAGAUGUAGAGGGAGUUGUCAUCUGCAGCAGCCGUGUACACAACCCUUGUGCUGUCCAGUGAAGUUGCCCACCAUGCGUGAGUAUAAGCUAGUGGUGCUGGGAUCAGGAGGCGUGGGAAAAUCAGCACUGGUGAGUGAUCGCUGCUGCCGUGGGUGGGAAUCCGCAUCGCCGAUACCUCAGUUAACAUGUUUAUUACAGUUUUAUAGUAAAAUAUGUUAUUGGCACAAUUGUGAUGCAGUUUACAAAAACUUGGAGUGCUUUUAAAUGAGAAGACCAGUUAGUUUUAAACAGAAAUGUAUUCUGUAAAAUGGUAGGUGCUUUCUUAGCGAUACAAGUUGUGGUACAGGGUUUUAUUCUGCAGAUAAAAUGUUCAAGGAUGUAAUAUUUCAAGAGGCCACAAUAAAUAAAAGAGAGACUAGGAACAAGCCUGAGUCAUGAGCUAUGCAGCUUCAAGAAUAUAAAUUACCCUUGUUAAGAAAUUAAACUGGCGUCUAGUCAGAGACUAAAGUUGAAUCAUAAUAUUUAAAUCAACAAUAAGUGUAUUUUUAUUUUGGGAAAUAGAAGUAGUACAAACUGUGAACAUUACAUGAGAGUUGAUACAUUUUUAAAUAAUGAAAAACUAAUGUUUCCUUUGUUUUAUUUGUCCAUUUCAGACAGUCCAAUUUGUGCAAGGCAUUUUUGUGGAGAAGUAUGACCCGACAAUAGAAGACUCCUACAGAAAGCAAGUCGAGGUUGACGGGCAGCAAUGUAUGCUUGAAAUCCUCGACACGGCUGGAACAGAACAGUUCACGGCUAUGAGGGACCUGUAUAUGAAGAACGGCCAAGGUUUUGCUUUGGUGUACUCUAUUACAGCGCAGUCGACAUUUAACGACCUACAGGACCUCCGGGAACAGAUCCUGCGAGUAAAGGACACUGAGGAUGUUCCUAUGAUCCUGGUGGGAAACAAAUGUGACCUGGAGGACGAGCGUGUGGUUGGCAAGGAGCAGGGUCAGAACCUGGCCCGUCAGUGGAACAACUGUGCCUUUUUAGAGACUUCAGCUAAAUCAAAGAUCAAUGUUAAUGAGAUUUUCUAUGAUCUGGUGCGACAGAUCAACAGAAAAACGCCGAUGGAAAAGAAGAAGACAAAAAAGAAGUCAAGUUGCACAGUGCUCUAAAUGCCCUCCCACAGUAGCUCCAGGCCAGAAACUUGUAAUGAUUAACUGUUUCCCAUUGGAUCGUGUGCCAGCAUUCCCAAGUCCUCUCCAGAGCAUUUUGAAAAAAGGCUGACAGAGAUACUUCACCACUCGCAAAAUGGCAGGAGACGGCACAUACUCUCUCUUCUCUGCUUUUUUUUAAUGGCAAAGAAAUCCACCUCUUCUUUGUAUUGGCAGCCUGAUGACAACUCUGUUUUUGUUUUGUUUUUUUUAGUUUUUCUCUUCUCCAAUGUGUCUUUUCUUUUGGAAAUAUCAGUAUAAAAGAAGAAGAGGCCAUGGGUUUAAAUCCAUAUACGGGAACUAAAAAAAAAAAAAAUGUUUUUAUUGAAAGUAACAUCAAUCUUUGGCAUAUUGUGACAAUACGUUUGCAAAAGAAAACAUGUGAAAUGUUGGCCUUUCUCAUACAUUUCUGCACUAACAGUGUCAAAGAUGCAUCAUUGUCCAUAAGUUACUUGCUCUUACUUACAAGGAUGUGUAUUGACGAGAUAACAUCUUUCCUAAGUGACUUUGUUUUAUAUUGAAAGCUGCAAGCCUUCCAUAUUUCCCAUAAUAUAUUCUACUUCCAUUUUUGCAUAAUAAAGCUAAGGAAAUUAGUAUUUUAUAGACUGACGGGGGAAAAAUGGUGUGUUCUGAUUUGUGUCUUGAGGCUGAAAAUAUAUUGUACUAAACCAACUCUAAUAUUGCUGUCACAGAUGAUUUUCCAGCUUUUAUGAAUGAUUAAAUUUUUAGUACAUUUUCAUUA